AUGUACUUCAAUGUGUUAAUUGUAUCUGACGAUUCUCACACCUUUGGUUCAAAGAUUUAUGGAUCCGUAUUAGGUAGAUAUUUUAUGCUUCAGCAGGGUCAGCCGCCGCCAGUCGCCGUUGCCCGAAGGAAUGCCCGCGAGCGUAAUCGCGUCAAGCAGGUGAACAAUGGGUUCGCGACUUUGAGACAACACAUCCCGAGCCACAUCGCAGCUGGCUACGGUGACAGAGGCAAGAAACUGUCGAAAGUGGAAACCCUGCGAAUGGCUGUGGAGUACAUCAGAGGUCUUCAGAGGCUGCUGGCCGAAGCUGACGGGAUCGAAUACGACGCCAACGCCGGUGCCGGGCAAUGUAUGCCCUCACCUACCAGCAGUGUCGUUUCGUCGAGUCACAACGGAUCCGGGGAGCGACUUAUCCUCGAGGACGACGUUCUCGGCGCUGAAGAGGAGGACGGCGAACAACUGGAGGAGGACGAUGAUAAUGGGAAGCAGAAAACUACGUCUAGAUUGUCGCCGAAUCGAACUACCGUCGCAUCGCCACACGAUUAUUACGCGUCCUCGGUGGGCGACGAAGAGAAUCUCGAACCGAGAACCGUAUCGAACCCGCAGAAUUUUUCACGACUGUCCCCGAACUCGGUGGCAUCACCACCGUCGGAGUAUUACGGGCAAAACGAGGAGAACCUGGAACCUCAGAUCCUCUCGCCAUAUAGUGGCGCCGGGGACAGUGAAGAGGGUGCAGCCACUGUUUAUGCGGCGAGCCCGGAAACCUUUUCUGGGGCUCUAUAUUAUAAGCAGGAGAUCACUGAAUCCGGUGAAUUCAUGGACGUCGUCAGCUGGUGGGAACAAGAGCAGGGCAGGCUGGUUCAUCAGCAACACACCCAACGACUUACGCACGUGUAACAAAAGAGUCAACGUAAAACCUUGGAUAUAGUACUUGCUGAAGUGAUCUCACGAAACAGGAAUGAGGAGUUGCUUCCAAAUGAAAUUUCCGUCGAUUUCAAGAAACGAUAUCGUUCGUUAACACAGCAGGAUAUCGAAAACCUGUACUUAAACACAAAGUACUUCGUUACAUGUAGAGAGCACUGCCUACGACGUCUUUCUUGUUCAGUAUCUACUGAUUAAUGCAUCCAGAAAAUUGUUGUAAAAAAAUAUUUAGUUGAAAGAAUUUUUGCAAUUUAAACCGUGGAACAAAUUAAUUUUCUAUAUCAAAUAUGCUUGUUUACCCUUUUUGCUGCGAAUUACCUCUUUAAAUUGCGAAUUACUAUCCCUUUAUCUACUCUUAAAGAAACACAUAAUUUUGAAUAAAACUUCCGAAUCUUCUAUGUAAUACCCAACUCUGCAUUUGUUAUUAUCGUUCAAUAUUUAUUCCCAAGUUUGCUGAAAAACUAAGGUUUACUUAAAAUAGUAAAGUCGUCUUUAUACAAUUACAUAAUACACUUUGCACAAAUUAACUUUUAUGUAUAGUUAUAUUUGUAAAAUAAAAUAUUAUGGUGUUACAAAAUGAUAUUAAGACCGGUAUUCCAAAAAUUGUAUUCACAGAAAAUUAUUCAGCAGGAAUCAAUUAUGAUCGCAGCGAAAGGGUUAACCUAUUAACAAAAUUACUUUUAUGCAAAUAAUUUGCACAAACUUUUCUUACUAAUCAAAGGUACAAAAAUAUCAGUACGCACGUUAGGUUUCUUACGCUCUUUGCUAAAAUGCAAAUUAAUCCGUUUACCUCGAUAAACAUAUCAAGAUAUUCGUUACGAAAUACAUGAAAUUGUAUCAUGAAAA